AUGGCGAACAGCCGAUGGAUUGUAGUGGAUAAUCGAGAUUCGGGGAUCGCGUACGAGGGGCCAUGGUUUACAGUCAACGAUUCCUUUGACAAUGUGGGCAACUUUGGACCCACAUACCUGAGUACAUUGCAUGGCACGAAUGAGACCGCCAGGUUGUCUUACGAGUUCGAUGGAUCUGAAAUAAAGCUCCUCGGAACGAACCGCCCACGCAACUCAUCUGGUGUGAUCGACCCAACGUGGGACUGCCUCAUCGAUGGUGUAAGUAUAGGACCCACCCGGCCCUUCGAGUUCGCGGAGAACAACUGGGUAUUCUGUGAUUGGAGAAACGGUCUUCCCGGCAGACAUACGUUGGAGGUCCAGGUUCGCUCGGAGGGACAAACAUUCUGGGUGGACCAGAUCCAGUACUUGCCUUCGCCUGGCGCGGAGGUUGAGAAACCUGCGGUGAUGGUUGGGAUUCAGGACCAUGCGAUCAAGUACGGGAAGGGUUGGACAACGCUGGGCGGGACGGCGAAUAUGACGAGAGAAAGAGGGUCAGUUGUGGAGGUUGAGUUCAUAGGGACUCGAUUGAGCUGGUGGGGCUUCAUACCGACAGAGCUCCCCCACGAUUCAACGAGCGGUGCUUUCGCUAUCGAUGGGGAGGAGCCCACGAACUUUCCCUUGCGCGGUCUCCCCGAAGAAAGCGCUACGAUAUAUAACCAAAUGUUCUUCCAAACAGCUGAGCUGCUGCCGGGACCACACAAGCUAUUUGUGAUGUACCGCGGCAGCAGCAGCACGACUCCGCUGACACUCACCCAUCUGUUGAUCCACGAUGGCAACUUUACCGCUCCAGGUCCUGAUGAACCUUCGAUAUUCGAUACUGCCAACACACCGGAACCAUCUUUACCGCCCAGCGCACUCCCGGACACGGGUAACAAGACACCUGUAGGAGCGAUUGUUGGAGGGACACUGGGUGGACUGUUCUUACUCGCACUAACUGCCUUCAUCGUCGUCUUCUUGCGAAGGCGCAAGAAGCGAUCUGAAGCAGGCCCGUUCAUGGACACUACGGGCCCCACGCCAUACGAUGUCACCGGUACUGGCUACGUCUCUGGUGGACCUUCGUCGCCCAGUUUCGACCCCCACCUCAUGUACAACCCAGUCCCUGUUGCCGGAGGACCUGGGCAUCGCUCGAUGCCCAGUCAGUCCACAGACCAGACCUACGACCAUCCCACCAUCGCGGGCAGCCCUCCGGCAAUGCCCCACCAUCCUCCCACAUUCACAAAAGCACAACUGGCCUAUGGUAUAUCAAACCCUGAUCCAUCUGUGUCUUCUGGACAAUCAAGGACUCAUCAAACCUCUGCAAGUGAUGGUAAUACUAAUGGGUCGACGGGGGUGGGAUCGAGAGUCAUCCGUCAUGAAGAUAGUGGUGUGCGGUUAAAUUCUCCUGAGGACGUCGUGGAAAUUCCGCCAAUGUACACCCCGAGCUGA